AUGCUCGCACGCACAGCACAGCACUGGCGCCCAUUCCGCCAACUCGGCCGGCUCCGCCCACUAAGUGCCAGCACGACCAGCCCGGCCGCUAGCCCAACCGCAGCGCUCUGCGUGAUCGGCGACGAGAUCCUCAGCGGCAAAACACAAGACACAAACUCCCAAGUGUUCGCGCAGCACUGCUUCUCCCUCGGCAUCGACGUCCGCGCAAUCACCACAAUCCCCGACUCUGCCUCAUCCAUCGCCUCCACGCUCCAGGCACUCUCCGCAGCGCACACGCUGGUGUUCACCAGCGGUGGCAUCGGGCCAACGCACGACGACAUCACGUACGCGGCCGUGGCAAAGGCCUUCAAUGCGCCGCUAAAGCACCACGCCGAGACGCUCGCGAGAAUGCGGCGGAUGAUGGGGGGUGCGCGCACGAGGCCGGAUCCGCAGGGCUCGGAGGCCGAGCGGGCGUGUGCGCGCAUGGCACUGCUCCCCAGCAGCGCAGCCAAUGGCUGUGUGGCGUUCCCGUGCGAUGCACUAUGGGUGCCGGUGGUGCGCGUAGCCAAUGUGCAUGUGCUGCCGGGUGUCCCGCGGCUGUUUGCCCAGCUGCUGGCUGCGUACUUGCCGACGGUGGCGGGGGGCGUGGGCGUGGGCGUGGGCGCUGGCUUUGUGCGUGUGCUUGUAGGCACGCGGAUGCGCGAGUCCGACGUGGCGCCGGCGCUGGCGCGGCUGCAGCGCGUGUAUGCACCAAAGGGGCUCAAGCUCGGGUCGUACCCGAACUGGGCACCGCCCGGCCAGGACCCGCCCGGCCAGGACCCGCCCGGCCAACUGCCGCCAGUCGUCAUUUCGGCGGUCGGCCGCGACCCCGAGCAGCUGGAGCAGUGCCGCAAGGACCUGUGCCUGCAUCUCAACGGCUUUGACAUUGCCUCGUAA